AUGUCAGAUUCUCCCAAGAUAAUAUCCACACAACAAGUAAUCUCUCCGGACCUAACACUAAAAGGUCAAUUGGUAGAUAAACAUAGUCGAUGUAUACAUUAUCAUACUACAAUAGAUAUAAUUGCAUUAAAGUAUAAGUGUUGCCAAACUUACUACCCUUGCUUUCAAUGUCAUCAAGAAUUAACCAAUCAUAAAGUUGAGAAAUAUAAUCUAACUGAUCUUGAAUCAAUCAAGGUAGUUCUAUGUGGAGAAUGUUACAAUGAAUUACUAUUUGACGAAUACAAGAAUAACCAAAUGAAAUGCGUGUAUUGUCACCACGAAUUCAACCCCGGUUGUUCUUUACAUUAUGAUUUAUAUUUUGAUAUAUAG